AUGGAACCAAAAAAUGUUCGGUUUCUUAUGGACCAAGUCCAAAGAUUGAACAAUGAAUUAUUCUGGUACCAAAGCCAAGAUCAUUUCAACAAGGACCCUCAUAUACCAGUUAUGACAUGGUUAACAGAAGAAAGUUUGAUAUCUCCGCUGCUGGUUGAAUAUGACAGAAAAAUUCAACAAAAAGAUGAACAAAUACAGUCCAUUUCUGCAGAAUUUUCUCAAUUAAAAGAAGAACUUUCAAAAGUAAUACAAGAAAAUGAUGACUUAAGAGAAAAGCUAUGUAAUUUGAAAGAGUUGGAAGUGGAUUCCUUGCCUAACAUUCUGAUAGAGACGGAUGCUGAUCUGAAAGCAGUAGAAAACAUGAAAAAACAACUGGUUUUGGUCUCAAAGGAAAAGGAGAAAGUGAUGGAAAUGUAUCAAGAAUCGAUGAAACAAGUAAAGCAUCUUACCACUGAAUUGCAGAAUGCCAAGAGUAGUCAACGAUGGGACCUAAUUGAGCAGCAGACAAGUCAGGUGAAGAAUGAGUAUCUGAAUUCCAUGCAAAAUAUUGUGGCUGAAAUUGAACCUUUACAAAAUAAGCUCAAAGAGAAAGAAAGUGAGUUGAUGCAGCUCAAGAUUGAGAACAACACUCUGCAAAGCUUCACUGAAGAACUGCAACGUAAAUGCAAGUGGAAAGAACAAGAAUUGGUCGAACUGAGAAAAAAAGAAUCUAGCUUUUCUGUCGAGAAUGAUGAAAUGAAGAUUCAAGUAGCAAGUCUGAAACAUGAAGUGAAGACAAAGAAUCAAGAAAAUGAGCAGAUUCAUUUGAAAAAUUCAGAACUUGAAAAAUGGGUCCUGAUACAACAAGAAAAAAGUUCUAAGUUAGAGGAAAACCUUCAUGAGAUCUUGGAGGACAAGAAAAAUGCUCAACAGAUUGUAGAAAAUGCUGUUUUAGAAAAAGAUUUGGUCAAAGAAUUAUGCCAACAAAAACAAGAUGAGGUCAACCACUUGCAGGAAAUGGUUGAAGAACUUAUGAAAGAAGCAGGAAUGGCCACUAGAAAAGAGGUAGAUGAAGUUAAGUUGCAGUACAAUAACAGAAUAUCGAAGCUCAAUGAAAAAGUCCACUACUUGGAACUGGAAUGUUCAGAGAAAGAUGCUACUUUAGAAAGAUCACUAAGAGAUAAAAAGUCUGCAGAAAUGGAAUUAGAAAAUGUGCGUAAGGACUGCCUGUCUGAGACAAAGAAAUGCAACGAGAUAAAAGAGCAGCUUGGCCAAAGGCUGACCAGUGCCCAACAAUCAAGGGACACUGCUAUGAGAAACCUGGAGAAGUUGCGGCAUCAGUUAGAACGAGAUGAGAAAAACAACAAACAGAAGUCUGAGCUGCUGAAUGCCCAGAUAGAUCAGUUGAAGGAUCAAGUUUCCUGCUUGAAUGACCAGAACAGCCAGUUAUCUGACAGUAAAUUACAGUUGAUUCAAGAAGUAAAUGACUUAAAGGCUAAAGUACUGAAAACCAAUAAUGAAAGAGAUGAAAUUCAGAGAACAAUGAAUAAAAAGAUUUCUCUAAUGAAAGAAGAGAUAAACACACAUACACAAGACUAUGAAGUAAAAUUGCAGAAUUGUGAGGAUGUGAAUCAAGGAGUCUUGGUGGAAAUGAAGAAGUUACUCAAUACACAACAGUUGGUUAGUGCAAGGUGGAAAGAAGAAUUCACAACCAUUUCAAAUAAGUCGGAGGAAAAACAAGCCCAGCUUCGGUCAGAGUUGUCUCGUUACAAGUCUCGUAACUCUGAGCUCAAAGGACUUUUAAGAGAAAGCCAAAUGAAAAUGUCUGAGACAAGCCAGUUAAUGAAAGAGUACUGUGCAAAAAUUCAGAGGAUGGAGUGUCAGUUGAAAGCUGCCCAACAGAACACUAUGGAAGUCAAUCGAAAGUUAUCCUACUUGCAAAUGAAACAUCGGGAUUUAUCCAAUGAAAAUCGUUUAUUACGUGAGGAGACUCAUCUGAAUGGCAGCAAUAAUGCAACAAGAAAUCAGAGCUUGGAUUCUCCUUGUAUUAUUGACCAGUCAAGCAAUCAACAUAAUGAGGAAGAGGAAGAGGAUGGUCUUUUCUCAGAAAGAUGA